GAAAGCUGAGAGGGCUUGGGUCGACGUCCUCUCACUUUGUAAGGUGGACUAGCAGCGCUCUCGUCAUGUAUCGCAGUCCCUGUAAGUGGACCAGACUGGCUGUUGUCCUCAUUUGCUGCAUAACAGGCCGUGAUUGCGCUCUGGUCGUCUUGCCCACUGGACCGACGCUGAUCAACGCUUUUGUCGGCCAAAACGUGACACUCGGUGUGUCCAUCAGCGGAGUUAGUGCACCCCUUGUAUCAUGGGCCAACGGGGCGCUAACCUUAGCCACGUGGAUUUUGGGCUCUACCACUCCUCCUGUCGUGGCUUCUGCAUCCCAGGGGGUUUUAUCAGUAGACCAGAGCGGUUCUCUUGUGUUCUGGGACGUUCCACUCAGCUACAACGGAACUUACACCGUGAUGGUGACGAAGGUCGGGGCCCGUGGGGCCUCAGUGGACUUCACGCUUUUGGUGUACGAGAGCAUCAUGGACGUUUCUUUAAACACGGGUCUGCAGGAUGCUGUUGAGGGAGGACCACCAUUUACCCUGUCUUACAGCUCCAAGCAAGGACAGGCCACAGCAUCACAGUGGUACUUUAACAGCUUGGCAGUGGUGCAAGGCCCUCAGUACUCAAUAACAGAGAAGAGUCUGACCAUCCAGAAACCGAGCCGCAACGACACAGGCCAAUACGAGGUGGUCCUCACCAACCCUUUCAGCACAGCAACACAGCAGAGAAACAUCACAGUGCUGUAUGGGCCAGAUCAGCCGGUUCUGGAGGCCAGUCCAACAAAAGUGGCCUUUGUUUCCGGAGAGACUCUUUCGCUGUCCUGCCGAGCUGAAGGGGUACCUGCCCCCUCGGCCUCCUGGGUUUUUAAUGGACAUGCUCUUCCUACCUCCUCUACUGGAAUGCUCCAUCUGACUGAUGUGCAGCCAAGCCAAGGUGGGAUUUACACGUGUGUGUUAGUUAAUAAGAAGACCAACAACCGUCUUGAGAGGAACAUCACCAUAGACGUUCGAGGCUUGAGCGGAUCCGCUAUUGCAGGUUUAGCUGCUGGAAUUCCCUGCGGCUUCCUGCUGCUGAUCUUUCUCCUGGGCCUCAUCGCUCUGUGUUACUUCUGUCAUAAAAAGAAAGAUCGAAAUCCCAGGUAUCCUGUAUCUAGAGCAGGGGAAAAAGCUGUGAACAAACAGCCAGAUCUGACCACACCAAACAAACUACUGCUCCACGGGCUUAAACUGCCGCCCGACUACGAUCUCCACCAGCUCCAGACUUUGUCAGAGCGAGCUGGAACAUUGCCAUUAGGGACCGUCCCCGUGAGAAUGGCCACUACCGUAUAACAGUGAUGUGGAUGCUUAUGUGCCCAAGACCAGAUUCCAGAAAGGAGUAGAUCUACCUCACCCGCCUUGUUUGCCAGACACUGAAUGACGUCUAAUAGCCUGGCGUUAGAGUGAGAUUGAGAUUUAUGAACAAACAUGAUCUACAUUACCACACAGCCCAUCUGGACACAUGCUGGAUCAAACAUUUGAGAUGUUGGCGACUGUAAAGUCCUAAUGAUGGCACAACUCCCAGUAGCACAACUACAGCCGGUCAUUAAGCCAGUGAGGUUUAAACUUGCUUUGUUGUCCUGUUGAGGUCAGUGACAUGCAAUGUUUAAUUUAUUUUUUAGUAAAUUAAUAUAAGCUGAGAGUCAAAAAGCCUUUUAAUGUGCACUUUUAUCUGUUGAUGUAAUUUAUACGAGGCUCCUUUUACUGUGUAUUCUAAAUAAAUGACGUGCAUGGA